AUGGUGCCGCCCCGCCUGAGCACGGAGCAGACGGAGCUGCGCCUGAAGGAGGGCCAGAGCGGCGUGGUCCUCGAGUGCGCGCUCGACGUGGGCGAUGACCCCAUCUCCUUCCGGUGGCUCAAGAACCACCAGUGGGUCACGGGCUCCGUGGGCUACGCCUACCGGGGCUACCGCCAGCUCCUCCUGGCCCUGCACGCGAUCGAGAAGCAGCACGCGGGGACCUACUUCUGCGAGGCGUCCAACGAGGCGGGGGUCCACUCCAGCUACAUCAAGGUCAUUGUGGAGAGUGCGGACACCAUCCGGCUGCCGGCGAACGAACUGCCGCACACGGAUGAGAUUCUCAGUGACAUCGCCACCUCCUUCAGCGACGUCCUGGCGGAGGGAGAGUGCAAGUGCGACACGGUCUUCCUGCUGCACGCCUCGACGGAAGCCCCGGCCGCCACCCUGGCCGCGCAGGCCAACCUCGUCCAUACCAUUGGAAGCACCAUCAUAUCGGAGACCAUGCGCGUGGGGCUGGCCAUGUACUCGGACCACGUGACCCAGAAGCUGUCCCUCGGGAGGGGCGUGCACCACUGCGCCCUCAGGGACGCCUUCAAGGACCUGUCGCACCCCAGGUUCCCCACGCGCCUCGAGCCCGUCCUCAGGGAGACCUUCAAGAAGUUCAAGAAGUCCAAAGCGCCCUGCAAGGUCCUGUUCCUGCCCAUCUUUGGCUCUGCUGGCAAGGAGGGAGCCGACGUCACCGCAGCCAAGCAGCUGCAAAAGCUCGGAGUGAAAAUCUUCAUCUUGGAAGUGACCCCAGAGCCCAUCGAAGGCAUAAGUGAGAUGGCCUCCAAGCGCGGGGACGGCCGCCCAUACCACUGGCACAUCCCUCUUCACAUCUGGCCGACUAUUGUGAUCUACAUGAAGUAUAUGACAGAAGAAAUCGAAGGUUGCAUGGUGGAGGUCCAGGACAUUCCCGGAGAGUGCGUCGGCACGGGGCAGCCCUGCACCACAGACAACAUGUGUCGUGGGGCCGGCUAUGGCUGCUUCGACGGAGUGUGCAAACCCCUAGAGUGCAAUGUGGACACCUCAGUUGCAGGGUGCUGUGCCAGCCCAGGCCAAUACUGGUGCGGCGAUGUGACUCGACACUGUACGAGCAUGAGCAGCAUCUGCGAUGGGCGAGUGCAGUGCAUGAAUGGUGCCGAUGAGGACAGAUGCUGGUCAAAUCCUUGCCCCGAUGACAAAAGUAGUCGUGCCAGAGCAGCAGCUUGUUGGCCUUUGGAUUUGGGGGUGAGCCGCUUGCCCAGGAGGAGAGGAUGAAGACCCUCGCUUCUGCCGUUCCUUCCCAUGCCCUAUGAACAGGCCUUUUAGGUGUCGUAGUGGCAAGUGCAUCCAGAAGCAAAGCCUCUGCGAUGGAACCUUCAAGGACUGCGAGGAAGGUGAAGACGAGGCCCUGCAGUACUGCGACAAGAUCCACGUGUGUCCUGAGAGUAAGCCCUUCAAGUGCGACUAUGGGAUUUGCAUUCAGGAGGAGAUGCUGUGCGACGGGUCCUACAACUGCCUCGAUGCUUCUGAUGAGCUUCUCUGCGGCAAGAAGAGCUGCCCGGCUAGUCGACCUUUCAAGUGCUUGGAUGGCGUCUGUAUUUCAAUGGAUAAGGUUUGCAAUGGAGUUGUGGAUGGAUGCCAAGAUGGAGGGGAUGAGAAAAACUGCACAGCAAUACCCUGUCCUAUUGACCGCAGUUUUAAGUGCAAAAGCGGGCUGUGUAUUGACAGCUGGCUGGUUGCAAACAGGAACAACGACUGC